GGUCGGGUCUGAAAUGUCAAUCGUUACGUUCGGGUCGGGUCGUGCAUAUUAUGGGGACCUUAACAAAACUUUACAUUUUCCCGCUUACUCUAUUCGACGGCGUGCUUUUCACACCACUUUCUUUCGCCACACGCGCUUGUCGUUUUGCUCUUGCAACACUGUGAAUAAAUUUCUGUUCAUAAAAUGUAACUUUGCCCGCCAGUCUAUAUGGCCAAAAUGUUUGGCCCCUGGUCCAAAAUCCUUGCCCACCCUUGAUAUAAAUCCUGCUUUCACCAAGUCGAGGUCGUUUCUCGCUCUCUGUCGACUGGACGUGUACCGAUAUCUGGAUAUAGGGAUUUUCAUUAUCGUCAGAGGAAUGGCUUGGAAUUUACCAAAGUCAUCUGGUCCCUAUCAUGUUGCCUGCUUGGAUAUUUUGACAAAAACUGGCUUGGACAGUACAUUAUGCAGAUUCUAUUAUCCCACAGAAAAAUUUGAGCCGACUGAAAGCAUUUGUCCAUUAUGGCUAAGUUCUCCUGAAUAUGGUUAUGGAUUUGCAAACUUUCUCAAGUUUGGUUUCGCUGGCGGUUUACUAAGAUGGAUGUUUGGUUCUGCUAGAGUUCCAGUUUAUUGGCAAGGUCCAUUGUCACUAUCUCAAGAAAAGCCAAGGCUGCCUGUUGUUUUGUUUUCUCAUGGACUUGGUGCAAACAGAACUGUCUAUAGCUACAUUGCAUAUGAAAUAGCUUCUCAUGGUUUCUUUGUAGCAGCUAUUGAGCAUCGUGAUGAAUCUGCCUCAAAUACUUUCUAUCUUGAAAAAACAAACUCUGGAGAUGAGAAGUACGAUAAAGUUUGGUUACCAUACAAGCGUGUCCAACCUGCAACAACAGAAGAAAGAGAACUACGAAACAAGCAAGUCCAUGAGCGAGCGAAAGAAAUUUCCAAACUGAUGGAUAGUAUAGAGUUAUUGAACGCUGGUACUUUGUCCAACAUCUUAUCAGAUUUUGAUUUGACUGUAUUCAAAGAUAAAAUUGAUAUUGACAAAGCAGCUGUCAUUGGUCACUCAUUUGGUGGUGCUACAAGUAUAACUUCACUGGUGAAAGAUCUCCGCUUCAAAGCUGGAAUCCCUCUAGAUGUAUGGAUGUAUCCCUUGGGACCUGAAGUUUAUAAGGCUAAUAUUGACACACCUCUGCUUUUUAUCAACUCUGAAUCAUUUCAGUGGGAAGCUAAUAUAGCCAGUAUUCGAAAACUUGACUGUGAUGUAACUAAUACAGAAGCUGAACGUAAAUUGGUAACUUUGUGUGGUACUGUUCACCACACUCAAUGUGAUUUUGCCUUUUUGUUAAGUUCGGAAUGGCUAGCAAAGAUGAUAAGAUUCAGAGGACCUGCUGAUCCCAAAAAAGCAAAUGAUGUCAAUAUGAGACUUAUAUUGUGUUUUCUUAGAAAGCAUCUAAAACUGUCCUUUGCCCAGGAUGAGGAGAUUGAACAAGUUGUGGCAGAGAAUCAGGGCUUGGUAAUAUCUGGCUCUAAUAUUGAAAUUGAUGAAGAGAGAUUGGAAAAAUCAAAAGCUAGCUUGAGAGCUGGAAUGUAGAAAUAACUAACUGUGGGGUGGAUGUGCAGCACUAAAAUAGGCUAUGCAGUAACUUAAUUGACUUUAUCAUAAUUUACUUUUACUUUGCCUUUUUUAUUUUGUUUAAUAUUUUUAGUAAAUUGAAUGAUUUGAUAAUCGAAAGAUCAUCAAUAAUAUUAAAUCAUUUCAAUUCUGAUAUAAUGAUUAAUUUUUGGACUAGAUUUGCUCUAAAUUUGACAUAUUGAUCGAAUAAUAUGCUAUACAUGAAAUCUAAUUACCUUAGAACCCAACCUUUUUGUGAAUAAAACUACUGUUAUAAAAAGAUUUUUUUCCAUGAUACUGAAAUAUAUGAAAUAUAACAUCUUGCUAAUCUGCUUCAUGACAUUUUAUGUGAUUAGAAGUUCAAAUCAUCCCCAAAAUUUUUUAGAACUACUCGAUUCAAUUGAGGACAACUUAGUAAAACUGAUAUUAACAAUGGCAUGUAAGAACUUCAAAAUAUAUGCUAUUUUGAAUAUGCGAUAUGCAUCUGAAUAGUUUCUUUAAUUGAUUCACUGUAAUAGGAAUGUUUUAUUAUGCAGUGUUAUUCUUUUAAUCAUUUCUAAUAUUUUUGUAUGUGCUAUAUAUUUACUGCUCAGUGUCAAUAUAUUACCGAUAAAUAUUA